UUUCCCUUUUCUGUUGGUCUUUCUUUUUUGCCAACUUGGCAUGUGAACACCAUAGGAUCUCAGAUCUUUGCUCGGGUUCACAACUCAGCCUCACUAGGAUUCAUCUUGAAGCUUCCAGCAAUGUGGGAGUACCAUUUUUUCAAGUUCACUAGCUUAAGCUUCUAUAUGCUCGGCACUGGAUUGCUAAUCACUGCCCUCUCUACUGAUCAGUGGGUUGUUAAUUAUCCCACCAUUCUUGGCCCUGCCAGUGAAUCUCUUUGGACCUACUGUUUGCCAUCUGGGUGUGGCUAUCUGGAUCGAGGAAGAGGGUUUAUAUCUGUUGUUAUAAUCCUGGGUAUUGGAGCAGUGGUGGGCUGUUUUGCCAUCCUUGGAAUCGUAGCCUUUUCCAUCUGGAGAAAUACGUUUGAAUCAUGUCUCAAUAAAGCAGCCCUCAUGCCAGCAAUCUGUAGUAUGAUUGGCAUGUCGGUAUACACAGGGGCAUAUACUCGCCAUGUUGAUGCGAAAUACUAUGGAUGGUCCUUCAUUUUGGGCUGGUCCUCCUUCCCCCUCAACCUUGUGGCUGCAAUACUAACCAUCUUUUUUGAGGUAUUCUAUGACAUUGAAGAAGGAGGGUCACUAGAAGGAGUACCAGGAAUUUAAAGAAGACGGAGGCCAGUGGCAAUUUCCAUGAGACUCCAAGCAAAAGCUCUUUUGUGCUGGAUUCAAGGACUUCCCAUGGAUUAGAAUUUAUCAGAUUAAAGCUUCAGAAUUUAUCUUCAUCUGACUAUUUCCCCAGAUUUGGGGGUUUAACAGCAGAUUUCUUGGUGGUGAUGAUUUGGAAGAGAAACUGACGCAUUCCAAAUUCUUAAAGGCUCUGUUGUUUUAUUUCCAGUUUGGUUUUUUAUGGAGCACCAUACAAGCACAGUGUGCUGCAACUUUCAGUUCAUUCAUGUUCUUUCCCCCGCUAUGUUACACAUGCACAUUCAUAAAGCAUUUCAAAGAGAACAAUCUUCAUUUUAUUUAUUCCAUUUGUUUAUUUCACAUAUUCUCUUCCUUUUGUGCCUUUCACAAAAUGGUCCAAAAUGGCAGGUUAUGAUAAAUACAUGUAAAGUAUAAUAAAACAUUUAUAA